AUGCGCGUCGGCAGAUGUGAACACUGCAAGCGGGGACGGGCAGGAGACCACCUCCCCCUGCGGCGCACGAUGAUCCAGCUCUCGGUCAAUUUGCGGACGAUUCCAGACGGUCGCGGAUUAAAUAAAGCCGCCUGGUCCUGAGAGAAAAGCCGUGAAGUCUUUUAUUUUUUUGCAGCAGGAGUGUGUACCAGCUCAAGUCCCAUCGCGGCUCCUGCCUGUCCUGGUUUGAGGGGGGUUCCCCUCAGUGUUCAACCGUCAGCUCACCUGCAGAAGCCAGAAACCAUGCGCUCCCGGGCUGCGCCGCCCCGGUUCACCUCUCUCCUACUUCUCCUCUUCCUCACCCCUGUUUUAUCCUCCUCCUCCUCCGCCCGCCCCAAGUGGGUUCUCCAGCGUGUCCCUGUGGUCCUCCCACAGCAGACGGAGGUCAGACCACCCCCUCAAUUCCUGUCUCAAGCCCGCUUGGAUGUUAGCUCCCCCUGUGACCCAGAAUGCCACAAGAGAGCCCCUCGCCCGAGCUACUGGGACCUGCGACGUCUUCUGGCCUAUGAGACCCUCCACUCUGAUGGUCAGCUGACUGAGACCGCCAUUGGGAUCUAUGGCUACAACCCCAGUAUAAACACCAGUCCGGCCUACUCCUCAGGGUCGUCUGGGAAGGCUGAGCGGUCACAUGUCAGGAGAAAGCGACAGAUCUUCGGCCACGAUGGGCGUUUCAGCAUUGCCGGGCAGAACUUCCUGCUCAAGUAUCCGUUUUCAGUGUCUGUCAAACUGUCUACUGGGUGCUCUGGUACAUUGGUGGGGGACCGUCAUGUGCUCACAGCUGCUCAUUGUGUUCAUGAUGGUAAAAACUAUGUGAAAGGAGCCCAAAAGCUCCGGGUUGGGUUUCUGAAACCCAAGCAACGAGACACACAGCCAUCGUCUUUUUACACUCCCUCCAACUUCACCAACCAUGUGGAAGGUGGCCCUACUCCUUACGCCCCACCAACCAACGAAAAAAUGAAGUUCCAGUGGAUCAGAGCCAAGCGCACCCACGUUCCCAAAGGGUGGAUUAAAGGGAAUGCCAAUGACAUUGGGAUGGACUAUGACUACGCUUUGCUUGAACUCAAGAAACCCCACAAACGCCGCCACAUGAAGUUAGGAGUCAGCCCCCCGGCUCAGAGGCUGCCUGGCCGACGAGUCCACUUCUCUGGAUUUGAUAAUGAUCGUCCAGGCCAGCUGGUGUAUCGGUUCUGUCGGGCCGGCGAGGAGACGUCAGACCUGCUGUACCAACACUGUGAUGCGCAGCCCGGUGCCAGCGGGUCCGGUGUCUACGCCCGGAUGUGGGACGGGCGUCGCCGGCGCUGGGAGCGGAAGGUGAUAGGUGUGUUUUCUGGGCACCAGUGGGUGGAGCGACAAGGGGCGUCUCAGGAAUUUAAUGUGGCGGUGAGAAUCACUCCUCUCAAAUAUGCUCAGAUCUGCUACUGGAUAAAAGGAAACUUCGUGGACUGCCGAGAGGGGUGAGGAAAAGGUGGAGACUGAGGAUGAUACAGGGGUGUAGCCGAAGAAAGCAAAGGCCCACUGCAUCCUCAUACAUCAUACCGCAAGAGUGGGGCCACAAGAAUCUACACUUUUCACCCCACUACUUGCAGCACUGACGUAACAAUAUAAACAUCAACAUUUUGUUUGUUGGCCCCACACCAGUAUCAAUAUCCAGCGAUGACACUAAAUUCUGUAAACAGGACAUGUUUGUUUCCUUUAUGCUUAAUUUUGCAUCUUUGCUCACAUUUCUAAACAACGAAAAAGUGACAUUGGUGUUAACUGGGGAAACAUGUCAUGUGGUUUUGCUGAACAAAGGCAGGUUUAUCUGCUUCUUGGAACAUUUAUCUGGAUAAUAAAGUUAUCUGGAAGAUCAUCCGAUCUGGAACAUGGACUGUUGCAAAAAGAUGUUUUUGGAACAACGGCCUCUCAGAUUACAAGGAGCAGAACUGGGAAAACUGUUUCACUAUGCAUCAUAGCCUUUUUUCUGUGCUAAUACUAAAGAUUGCACUGUUAAAACUCUUGAAGUUUUUCUACUGAAAAUUAUGAUUUUUGUGGAUGAAUGUACAAGUUAGCUACCAAAGGUGCCAACAGUUUCUCUCCAAACUAUCAUGUAUCUUCUCUCAGUGGAAACAUUAGUUAUCUACAAGCAUAGUGUAAAUUAACAGUGUUUUGGAAGAACAUUCAACUUGUUACACAGAAUGUUAAAUGAUUGCAGAGGACUCUUGCAAAGGCUGCAGAUUACUUGUCAUAUGAAUCGCAUCUUGUUGAAUGUUGUAUUUUAAUGCUUAGCUCCCUCUGGUGGCAAAGAUGAAACAUUGCAGGCGCUCGCAGUGAACAUUAUGCAGACUUAGCAUAGGCCUUCAUAAGCACUUUUUGCUCUCUCAUUUUAACAUUUGUGAAAUA